AGGGGGCAAAAGGUUAUUUCUGGUUGGUUGCCUUCCAGAUGUAUCAUGCUUGGACAGCAACUUGAUUUCAAACCACCUGAGUUCCAAGGACUUUAAAUGAGACGCCGUAUGAAACCCUGUGGCAGUCCAGAGCAGGUCUGGCUUAAUUGGUAAGGGUGCUACCCAGCCAUGCCCACCGUGGACGAUGUCCUGGAGCAGGUUGGAGAGUUUGGCUGGUUCCAGAAGCAAGCCUUCCUGUUGCUGUGCCUCAUCUCAGCUUCCUUAGCUCCCAUCUAUGUGGGCAUCAUCUUCCUGGGCUUCACUCCUGAUCAUUAUUGCCAGAGUCCUGGGGUGGCCGAGCUGAGCCAGCGAUGUGGCUGGAGCCUAGCAGAGGAGAUGAACUACACCGUGCCGGGCCUGGGGUCUGCGGACGAGGCCUCCUUCCUCAGCCAGUGCAUGCAGUAUGAGGUGGACUGGAACCAGAGCACCCUUGGCUGCGUGGACCCACUGUCCAGCCUGGCCGCCAACAGGAGCCACUUGCCACUGAGGCCCUGCCGGCAUGGCUGGGUGUACGACACUCCCGGCUCCUCCAUCGUCACGGAGUUUAACCUGGUGUGUGGAGACUCCUGGAAGGUCGACCUUUUCCAGUCCUGUGUGAACCUGGGCUUCUUCCUCGGCUCCCUGGUUGUGGGUUACAUCGCAGACAGGUUUGGCCGUAAGCUGUGCCUCAUGGGAACCACUCUGGUCACCUCCCUGUCAGGCGUGCUGACGGCUGUGGCCCCAGACUACACGUCCAUGCUGCUCUUUCGCCUGCUGCAGGGCAUGGUCAGCAAGGGCAGCUGGGUGUCCGGCUACACCCUGAUCACGGAGUUUGUCGGUUCCGAGUACAGAAGAACGACGGCGAUCCUGUACCAGAUGGCGUUCACGGUGGGGCUGGUGGCGCUCGCCGGCGUGGCCUACGCCAUUCCGCACUGGCGCUGGCUCCAGCUGGCGGUCUCCCUGCCCACCUUCCUCUUCUUGCUGUAUUACUGGUGUGUGCCGGAGUCCCCUCGAUGGCUGUUGUCCCAGAAGAGAACCACCCAAGCAGUAAGGGUUAUGGAGCAAAUUGCUCAGAAGAACGGGAAGUUGCCCCCGGCCGACCUGAAGAUGCUCUGCGUGGAGGAAGACAUCUCAGAAAAGCAGAGUCCUUCAUUUGCAGACCUGUUUCGCACUCCCAACCUGAGGAAGCACACCCUCAUCCUCAUGUAUCUAUGGUUCUCGUGUGCGGUGCUGUACCAGGGCCUCAUCAUGCAUGUGGGGGCCACAGGUGGGAACCUCUACCUAGACUUCCUUUACUCUUCCCUGGUGGAAUUCCCUGCGGCCUUCAUCAUCCUCGCCACCAUUGACCGCAUUGGCCGCAUCUACCCAAUGGCUGUGUCAAAUCUGGUGGCAGGAGCAGCCUGCCUCAUCAUGAUUUUUAUUCCACAAGAGCUGCACUGGUUGAAUGUCACCCUUGCUUGCCUGGGUCGUAUGGGAGCCACCAUCAUAUUGCAGAUGGUCUGCCUGGUGAACGCUGAGCUGUACCCUACAUUUGUCAGGAAUCUUGCGAUGAUGGUGUGCUCUGCCCUGUGUGACCUGGGUGGGAUCUUCACCCCCUUCAUGGUGUUUAGGCUGAUGGAAGUUUGGCAAGCCUUGCCCCUCAUUCUGUUUGGAGUUUUGGGCCUGAGUGCUGGGGUCAUGACAUUCCUUCUUCCAGAGACCAAGGGUGUGGCUUUGCCUGAGACCGUUGAAGAAGCAGAGAACCUACGGAGGAGGAAAUCAAAGCCCAAAGAAAACACGAUUUAUCUUCAGGUCCAAACAGGCAAAUCCCCAGGUCCCUGACAAGGACAUCAUGCCAGAAGCUGAGUAGCAAAGAGGAAGGGGGACUCACCACUUGGAGAACUCCCAGAAGCCUUUGCCUUCCCUUAUCUUCUAUGUCUCCAGUUUCCAAUGACCAUCAACCCUAAAGAGUUUCCUGAAAUCA